AUGCAGUUCAAAGCUAUUGCCCUCACUGCCAUUGCGGCCAUUACCCCAUUCACUGCUGCCGUUGGCCACGCCAUUGUUGAAAACCACUGUGACAACAAUGCCUAUCUCUGGUCCGUCGGUAGCUCUGUUGGCCCCCAGCAGACCAUCACCCCUGGACACACAUACUCUGAACAAUUCAGAUACGACCCAGUCAGCGGAGGCAUUGCCCUAAAGAUUACUCGCGCCAAGGAUGGUAUCUACAACGGCUCUCCCCAGACCAUCUUCGCCUACACCUUGACCAACACCAACACUUUUUACGAUCUCUCUGAUGUCUUCGGUGAUGCCUUUGCCGGAACCAGCGGCCUUCUCGUCUCUACGUCUAACCCCAACUGCCCUGAUAUCUGGUGGCCAAACGGUGUCCCACCAGCCGGCCAGAAGUUCACUUCUGCCUGCCAGAGAGACGCCGAUAUCACCCUUACUCUCUGCGCCCAGCCCACCAAAAUAAGUUACUGGAUCAGUAUGUAUUGA